AUGGGACAGGCCCUGGGGAUCAAGAGCUGCGACUUCCAGGCAGCAAGAAACAAUGAGGAGCACCACACCAAGGACAUCAGCUCCAGGCGUCUCAUUGUGAGGAGGGGACAACCCUUCGCCAUCAGGCUGCACUUCCGGGAUCCAGUCACCGCAUAUCUGCCUGCCCUAAAGAAGGUGGCCCUCAUUGCACAGACCGGAGAGCAGCCUUCCAAGGCCAACAGGACCCAAGCCACCUUCCCAAUUUCCAGUCUGGGGAACCGGAAGAGCUGGAGUGCGCAGGUGGAGGAGAGAGAUGCCCAGGCCUGGACCAUCUCUGUGACCACGCCCUCCGAUGCUGUCAUUGGGCACUACUCACUCCUGCUGCAGGUCUCACGCAGGAAGCCACGCCUCCUAGGCCAGUUCACCUUGCUCUUUAACCCCUGGGUUCGAGAGGAUGCUGUGUUCCUGGAGAAUGAGGCUCAGCGCUGGGAGUACGUGCUGAACCAGAACGGCCUCAUCUACCUGGGCACGGCGGACUGCAUCCAGGAAGAGCCCUGGGACUUCGGCCAGUUUGAGGGGGAUGUCUUGGACCUCAGCCUGGACUUGCUGAGCACGGACGAGCAAGUGGAGGAGUGGGGCAACCCUGUGCAUGUGGCCCUCGUUUUGGGCGCAGUGCUGCGUGCCCUCCAGGAGAAGAGCGUCCUGCCCGCCCCGCAGGCCCAGGACGCGGCGGAGGGGGCCUGGCUGAGCAAGCGCCGGGGCAGCGCGCCCAUCCUGCGGCGGUGGUGCACGGGCCACGGGCGGCCGGUGGGUGCCGGCCAGGCCUGGGUGCUGGCCGCUGUUGCCUGCACAGCGCUGCGGGCCCUGGGCAUCCCUGCGCGAGCCGUGACCGCCUUCUCCUCCGCCCAGGGCACGGGCGGGGGGCUGCUGGUGGAUGAGUACUACAGCGAGGAGGGCCUCCUGAACGGAGAGGGCCAGCGAGGCAGGAUCUGGAUCUUCCAGACUUCCACAGAGUGCUGGAUGGCCCGGCCUGAUUUGCCCCAGGGUUACGGUGGAUGGCAGAUUCUGUACCCAAGUGCUCAUAAGGGAGGUGCAGUCCUGAAGGCCUGUGAGCUGGUCCCUGUCAGAGCGGUCAAGGAGGGGACCCUGGGGCUGACCCCCGGAGUAGCGGACAUCUUCGCCUCGGUAAACGCCUCGUGCGUGGUCUGGAAGUGCUGUGAGGAGGGGACCCUGGCGCUGACCAACUCCAACACCAAGCAUGUGGGCCGAAACAUCAGCACCAAAGGUGUGGGCAGUGACCGCUGCGAGGACAUCACUCAGAACUACAAGUAUCCAGAAGGAUCUCUUCAAGAAAGAGAGGUGCUGGAGAGAGUGCAGAAAGAGAAACUGAAGCAUGGGGCAGACAACGGCAUCCGUCCUCCCAGUCUCGAGACUGCUGAUCCUCUGUACCUGUUCUUGGAAGCACCCAGCUCCCUACCCCUGAGAGGGGAUGCCCAGUUCUCCGUGACCCUGGUUAACCCCGGUGACCAGGAGAAGGCUGUGCGGCUGGCCAUUGGGGUGCAGGCCGUGUACUACAACGGCGUCCUUGCUGCUGAGCUCUGGAGGGAGAAGCUGCUCCUUACGCUCAGCGCCAACCUGGUCAGGAGAAUCACCACCAGCCUGUCCUUCUCCCAUUUUGAGCGAAGCCCACCUGAGAACAGCUUCCUCAGACUUACCGCUGUGGCAACGCACUCAGAGUCCAGCCUUAGCUGCUUUGCUCAGGAAGACAUCGCCAUUUGUAGACCACACCUUGAAAUUGAGAUGCCAGAGGCAGCAGAGCAGUACAAGCCUCUUAAGGCCUCAGUCAGCAUCCAUAACUCCCUGGAUGCUCCCCUAAAGGACUGUGUGAUCUCCGUCUUCGGAAGGGGGCUCAUUCACAGAGAGAGGAGCUACAGAAUAGGUCCCGUGAGACCAGGAAACACCUUGUGCACCCAGUUCUGGUUCACACCGGUGAAGGCGGGGCCCCAGAGGCUCAACGUGGAAAUGGACUGCAACAUGUUCCAGAACCUAACCAACUACAGGAGUGUCACCGUGGUCGCCCCUGAACUCGCAGCUUAG